AUGAAAACUGAAACUGAACUGAAAACUGAAACAAAACUGAAUACUGAAACUAUACUGAAAACUGAACUGAAAACUGAAACAAAACUGAGCACUGAAACUAUACUGAAUACUGAAACUGAACUAAACACUGAAACUGAACUGAACACUGAAACUGAACUGAAAACAAUACUGAAAACUGAAACUGAACUGAACACUGAAACUGAACUGAAAACAAUACUGAAUACUGAAACUGAACUGAACACUGAAACUGAACUGAAAACAAUACUGAAUACUGAAACUGAACUGAAUGCUAAAAUUGAACUGAACACUGAAACUGAAAUGAAACAAGAAACUGAACAGAAUAUUACAUCUGAACCGAAUACGAAAAAAAAAUUCGAAACUGAAAGGAAGCUGAAGAGUGAAACUGAGCAAAAAGCAAACAGCAAUAAGAAAAGAAAAGUAAAGAAACGAAAAAGAGUAUCAAAAUCCAAGAGAAUUAACAAGAAAAAUUAUACUUCUGAAAUGAAAGGGAUUACAUCUAUCUUGAAAAAAGAACAUGCAAUUACACCUGAUAUUCAGUUGCAGAUAGAAAGGAGACUUCAGCAACUAUCAGAUCCUGAUUACGGAAAAUGGGAAGUCAGAUUAAUUGAUAUCUUGAAGGAAAAACCAAAAACCAAGACUGAUGAAUCUUUGAAAAAGCAUGAAAACAAACAACAAAGCAUGAAAGAAACAGAAUUGUGUGUACAAUUGCUUAAUGUUGAAAUGACUGACUUGGUUUUCCAUCCAUUAUCUCACAAUUCCAAAAUAAGGGUAAUGAAGCGAAUUCACAAUGAAGCGCCAGAGACUUCGGGAGAAGAAUCAUUUUCUUUUCAAAAAAGACUGGGAGUUCCGUCUCAAACUAGAAGUAUAAUAGGUGAUGGAAAUUGUUUCUUUAGAGCACUAUCUGAUGUCAUAUAUGAAGAAGAGUCCAAACAUUUCACUAUGAGGAACAGAAUUGUAAAUCACCUACUAGAGAAUGAAGUCUUGUUUCAAAGCUUCUUAAGGUCAGGAUAUAAUUCGGUUUGUGAUUAUCUCUUGAAAAAAGGUAUGUUGAAGAAUGGAACCUGGGCAACAGAAGUUGAAAUUAUUGCUGCAGCGCAUCUUUUGCAGACAGACAUUUACAUUUUUGAUGAUAGGAAUGCAAAUUGGACUAAGUAUACUGGAAAACAAGUGAACCAAAAAGUAGAUGUUGAACAAGAAGCAAUAUAUUUAAAACACUGUUACAGAGCUCAUUAUGAAGUUGUUUUGGAUGUAGAAGAAAAGCUUGAUGAAAAAUCUGAGACACAGAAUUGUUCAGAAAUAAAUUUGUUGGAGGAAGAGAGUGAACACCAGUCAGAGACUAAAAUGGAUGAUAUUAUCCACAUUAAUGUUGCUGAACAAGUGGACAAGAAGGAACACCAAGAUAUGAUGGAUCAUAAUACCAGUUUACCUCAUUUUGAGAGACGUAUCUUGCAAGGAAAUAUUCACCAAGGUCAUCCAAAAUUUGGUCAUUCUGCUGGAAAACAAUGUGUUAUGAACAGUUUAUCAUCAAUUAUGUAUAGUAAAUGUAAGCCUGUGAAUGACUGGACUGUUGAUGAUAUGGAUAUUAUUUUAGAUACAGGAAAUGAAUUGUAUGAAUGUUUAACAAGUAGUUCUACAAUGCACAAUGAUUAUGUUUUGAUUUCAGAAAUUCCUAGAGAAUUGGAGUGUUUUAAUAAAAUGUACAACUUUGAAUUUGGGGAGUCAUUUUAUGGUCUCUUAAACUCUAAUUAUGAUAAUGAUUUGGAGUUUCACUCUCACACUUUUCCUGAAGCAUUAAGGGCAAGUUUACCAGAGUCAGAUGGUGCAUUUAUUACUUUCAAGGGUAACACAUAUGUAAUCAUUAAAGAGAGAAGUUGCUUUCAUGUUUUUGAUCCUCAUUCAAGAGAUAGAAAUGGUCAAGUUUCAGCUUUUGGGAGUAGUCUUUGUUUAAGGUUAAAUACCAUUGAUGAACUGAGAUUACAUUGCGAACAGUUAGCAUAUUCAAUGAAUGCAGGAGACCAUGAACAAUUUGAGGUCACAGGAGUAAAAAUUAUUCACUGUAAUGUUGAGGAAAUGGUUGAAGGAAAUGAAAACUUAAAAGAUGAAGUAAUGAAUACCGGGGUCACAUCUACUAAAGGGGAAAGUCGAAUCAUAUUUGCCGAAAAAAGUACUAUAAAUGCUCCAAAACGUAAGAGAAAGAUGAGUAGGGAAACCUUUAAUCGUUAUCGAAAGAAAAAAAUGAAGACUUCAAAAAUGCAAAAGGACACAUGUGUCAAUGUAGAUGAUAAAAGAAAUAAUAGGAUGAGCAUUUUCAUGAAAAAGAAAUACUCGGAAAAUGAAACUUACAGAAUGCAGAAAACGGCUUCAUUAAAAUUAAAAUACCAAAAGAAUGAACAAUUCAGAAAUAGUGUCAAAUUGUACUCGAGAAUGAAAUAUAACGUAGAUCUUCAAUACAAGGAAAACGUUAAAAGGGCAUCAAAAAGAAAGUACAAUACCAAUGAAGGUUUUAAAGCCAAAGUAAAAGAAGCUUCUGUGCAAAAAUACCGCAAAAAUGACAUUCACAAAGCAAAAGUUAAAUCGGCUUCGAUUUCUAAAUACAAAACGAACAAAGCACACCGUGAAUUUGUCAAAAAUGCUGUUUAUGCAAAACUGAGAAAACUUGAGGAAAGUCGUGAAAACUGGACGAUUGUCAACAAACAUUUUCAAGAUGAAAUGAAAUCGUAUCCUGAUCAUGUCUGUUCAGUGUGCUUUAAAUUAUUAUUUAGGAAACAAGUUCUAAUCUGCGAGCCAGAAGUAUAUAACAAAAACACAACCUCUGAUGGAAUCGGCUAUGGAUCAGCAUAUGUAUCCAGAAGGUAUUUACAAGAAUGCUUAGAGAAAGAUUCACACGUUUGUUCUAGUCGGUGCAAGCUCUGGGUAUGUUAUACUUGCCACAGGAAACUGUUAUCUGGUUCUAUGCCGGGAGAAUGCUUUGCAAAUAAAAUGGAAAAUGAACAGGUACCAAAUGUUUUGCAGGAAUUAAAUUCUGUAGAAAGACAUUUAAUUGCGCGCAUAAUACCAUUCACAAAAAUGAUGGCUUUACCUAAAGGAGGACAGUUUGGUGUUCAAGGUCCUGUUGUUUGUGUACCUAGUAAUGUUUCGGAAACAAUAGAAUCUCUACCUCGGCCUGAAAAUGAAAAUCAGUUAAUUCAAGUCAAGUUGAAAAGAAAACUUUCUUACAAAGGCCAUUUCGAUUUUAAAUUUGUAAACACUCAAAAAGUUAGAAGUGCCAUUGAAUAUUUGUGCAAAUCGAAUGAGUUUUAUAAAGAUCUCAAGUUUGAUGAAUCUUGGGAAAAUUCUAUUGAAUUUUCAAACACGGAGACAAAAAAUACCCAUGAGCAACACGCACUUGAAAGAGGAAAAAGUGAAACAAUGGAUGAAGCGAGUGAAAAUACAAAUGAACAUUCAAAUGUUGAAAUGAAAGAUGGUAUUGAUCAAAAGUUACAGGAAAGUGAAAUACGUGAAACAAUUGAUGAUGAGUUGAACCACCAAAUGCCGCUUGAUACUUGUCUCCAGCCGGUUGAUAUAGGACAAGAAAUCCUAGACCAGUAUUUUGAUCAGAUAUUUUGUAUGGCACCUUGCGAAAGAAAUAACCCAAUAAGUAUUUUGUCUGAGAAAGGUAUAGAAGCAAAGUGUUUUCCAUACUAUUUCCCUACUGGAAAAAAUGUAUUCGGAGAAGAAAGAGAUGUUUAUUUGACAUUAUCCAGAUUUUUGUUGAACAAAUUAAUGAACGUUGACUCUAGAUUUGCUAAUGACACUGAUUUCAUUUUCUUUUCUCAGUACUUGACUGAACUUCAACAGGUCAUAUCAAAUGUUUCAAUAGCUUUGCGAAAAACUCCCGAGAAAGGGUUUAAUGGAGAAAAAAUAACAUUACGAUCAAUAAAAAAUAGAGAGUCAUUGCAACAAAUUAUUAAGUCAGAUGAAGGAUACAAAUUUCUGAAACCAAUACGAGGGACUCCACCUUACUGGCAAUCUGCUCAAAAGGAUCUUUUUGCAAUGAUAAGGCAACUCGGUCUUCCAACAUGGUUUUGUUCCUUUUCUGCUGCUGAAAUGAGAUGGUCCGAAACUUUUGAAGCUAUUCUUAAACAACAAAAUGACGAAAGAAAUGUUGAUGACCUGACUUUGUCCGAAAAAUGGGCAAUUCUCAAAAAGAAUCCAAUCACUGUAUCCCGGAUGUUUGAUUACCGUUUUCAGACCUUCUUAAAGAAAGUGAUAUUAUCAAACUCUAAUCCAAUAGGAAAAGUAAAAGAUUAUUUUUACCGAGUAGAAUUUCAACAAAGAGGGUCACCUCAUACUCACUGUCUGUUUUGGAUUGAAAAUGCGCCACACUUACACAAGGAUACCGAUUCCGAUGUUGCAGAAUUUAUAGACGCUUAUGUUACCUGCGAGAUUCCUUCUGAAGACGAAACAUUAUUUGAGAUUGUUAACAGCGUUCAAAAACACAGCAAUUCACAUUCAAAAUCUUGUAAAAAAGGUUCCAAAGAGUGUAGAUUCAAUUUUCCAAGACCACCUUCAGAAAAUACUUUUAUAUGUAAUCCACAACAAGAAAAUAUCAAAACUGUGGAUAUUUGUAUGACUGAAAAAGAAUACAAUGAAGUUAUGAUUCACAAUGUGAAAGAAGCAAAACGAAAGGAUACUUCAAAGGAGUUGUUAUCAAAAAUUUGGAAUUUCAUGAGAGGAAAUGAUUCAAAAGAAAUGUCUACGAAAGAACUAUUCAAACUAUUAAAUAUUUCUCAGAAAGAAUAUGAAGAGGCUAACAACAUUUUGACAAACACGAAAUCUGUUGUAUUGAAAAGAAAUCCUAAUGAAGCAUGGAUCAAUCAGUACAACCGUCAUUUACUUUCCUGCUGGAAUGCAAACAUGGACAUUCAGUAUAUUACAGAUGCUUACGCAUGUGUUGUUUACAUAGUCUCAUAUAUUUCUAAAGCAGAAAGAGAAAUGAGUCAGAUCUUAGAUUGCACACAGCGGGAAGCUAGAGAAGGAAAUCUUGACGCAAAGUCUGCAAUGAAGAAACUGGGAACGGCAUAUUUGCAUCACAGAGAAGUCAGUGCUCAAGAAGCCGCUUUCAGAGUUUGUAAUUUACAACUAAAAGGCUGUUCACGAAAAGUUCAGUUCAUACCUAUAGGAGAGAAUCCAAUUCGUAUGAGUCUACCAUUGAAAGUCUUGGAUAAGAAAUCAGAAGCAGAUGAGGACAUUUGGAUGUCAAGUUUAACUGAAAAAUAUAGAGCAAGACCCAUGUCAGAAGGAUUUCAUAACAUGUGUUUAGCAACAUUCUGUUCUGAAUACCGAGUAUUAUCUUCAUCACAAGCGUCAAAUGUGAAAAAUCCGAGAAGCCCAAUAUAUACCCUACAGAAUGACCUAGGCUACAUUCAGAAGAGAACUUUGACUGACUCUGCUGUUAUUAGAUUUCCUCGUUUCUCAGUUUCUGCUUUUCCUGAAAAAUAUUAUUUCAGUAUUUUGCAGUUGUAUUUUCCACAUAGAUCAACCGAUGAAUUGAAAUCAAGAAACGGGUAUGAGGAAUUUUAUAAUUCUACUGAUGUUAAGGAAGUGGUAGAAAGAAAUCGCUGUUGCUUUGAAAAAGACGUGGACGUGUUGGAAAAGGCUCAAGAAAUGCUAGAAAAUUGUGGAAUCCAGGAAAAUGCGUGGUCCCAGGUUUGUCCUGAAACUGAAGUAAAUAGAUUAGAAUGUAUAGAUGAAAAGGAGGAAAACGAAAAUAACAGGAGUGAAUUGGAAGUACCAAUACCAGAUUUAUUACAGAACUCUUCAAAUUCAAUUGAAAUUUCACAAAGUUUGAUUUCAAAAGAAGAAGGUACAAGGAUAAUGAGAUCUUUAAAUGAAAUUCAACGAAAGUUGUUUCAGGAAAUGAGACAUUGGUGUUUAAAAACCAUAAGCGGACAAAAAACACCCCAGAUACAGGUUUUCAUUACUGGAGGAGCUGGAACAGGCAAGAGUCAUCUGAUAAAAAGUAUUUACUACGAAUUGUCAAGACUUUUUGCUCCACAUUUGACAAAUCCUGAUGAUGUCUCGGUAUUAUUAACAGCACCGACAGGUGUGGCAGCAUUCAAUAUAGGAGGAGCAACCAUUCACAGUGCCUUUGCUAUCCCAGGAAAUAGCGCUUUGCCCUUUGAAUAUCAACCGCUUGGUGAUGAUAAAUUAAAUACCUUGAGAACAAAACUUGGACAGUUAAAAUUACUCAUUAUUGAUGAAAUCUCCAUGGUUGAUAAAAAGAUGUUGACUUACAUUCAUGGCCGCCUAAGGCAAAUCAAACAGACUGGUGAUUUUACACCAUUUGGAAAUGUCAGCGUGUUGGCUUUUGGCGAUUUCUAUCAGUUACCACCCGUGAAAGGAAAACCUCUUUUUACGAGGGAUUGCCAUUUUGAUCUUUGGAAUGAUUGUUUCAAACUUGUCACUCUAAAUGAGAUUAUGAGACAGAAGGAAGAUAAACAAUUUGCUGAGCUUUUGAACAGGUGUAGAAUUAAAGAAAAGAAAGAGAAACUAAGUGAAGAAGACAAAGCUCUGCUUUCAAACAGAGAAAAGGAUGACAAUGUUGAUGCUUUGCAUAUAUUUGCUACAAAUGCUCAAGUCAAUAACUUCAAUGCACAUGCUUUAUCUGCACUAUGCUUAAGCAAAGAAAUAGAACCAACAGUUAUCAAAGCCGAAGACUGUUUCAAAGACAAUCGACAAAAAGGUAAAAGUAAACAAGAUUCGCUUUACUCUGAAAAAAAACAGUUUAGACUGGCAAGUGAACUUCAAAUAUGUGUUGGUGCACGUAUCAUGCUUGUAUAUAAUGUCGAUAUUGCAGAUGGUUUAGUAAAUGGGGCAUUUGGAACUGUGACCAGGAUAGUAGAAGAAAGUUGCAAUGGAAAAUCAGAAGUAAAAUUAGUGGAGGUUUGUUUUGACAAUAAAGAUAUUGGGAAAAAACGCGGUAAGAAAAUAGGCAACAAGAUUAAAGUUAUAAUAGAAAGAGUAGAAGAAAUGGUGAAUAACGGAAACAUAAUAAGAAAACAAUUUCCGUUAAAGCUUGCUUGGGCUUGUUCUGUUCACAAAGUGCAAGGGUUGACUGUCAGCAAAGCUGUAGUAUCAUUGAGAAAAAUAUUCCAGCCUGGACAAGCCUAUGUAGCAUUAAGCCGUGUCACAUCUCUUGAAGGUUUAACGAUCCAGGAUUUCAACGAGAAUGCAAUAUACUCAAAUCCGACUAUUCAAGAGUCCCUCACUUCAAUGGAGCAGUUUCUUUCGGUUACUGACGAGAUCGUUCAAAAGAAACUCGGUAUCUUGUAUCACAAUAUAGAAGGUUUGCAAAACCAUUUGGAAGAUCUUAAAAUAACAGUUAUGCAUCAAGAUAUUGAUAUCAUUUGUUUAGUUGAAACAUGGUUAGAAAAUGAACUGAGACCCAAUAUAGAUAUUGAUUGUUUUUCUUCAGAGCACCAACUCAGGAAAAAUUCAUAUGCACCUGGCAAUAUGAUACAAAGUCAAGCUAAAGGUGGAGUAUCUGUUUAUAGAAAAACGUCUACAGAUUUACGGUACGAAAGGAUCUUUCUUCCAGUUGAUAAUCUUGAGUAUAUAGCAUUUAAAACAAACGGUAUAUUGGUUGUUACAUUAUACAGACCAUCAUCAUACACGGUUGAAAGUUUUUUAAAUACGAUGCGUAGAUUGGUGAAUGCUGUGAACAAAAUUUGCUUACCUUGUGUCAUUUUGGGUGAUUUUAAUCAAAAUAUCAGAAAUGCUGUCUCUUCUGUUAAGCAAUUAUUAGAGAUUAAUGGGUUUAAACAGUGUGUAACAGAAAUAACAACAGAAAGUGGAACAGUGAUAGAUCAUGUUUAUAGCAGAGAAGUAGAUGUGCGAGUUACCAUGAUUCCAACAUACUACAGUUACCAUGAAGCACUCAAAGUUGAAGUGAUAUAG